AUGCCGCUCUUCUCGCGGUCCUCCGGACGCGAGUCCACCAAGACCAAGACGCACCGCUUCUCUCUGCGCAAGCACCACCACUUGAGCCACUCGGACGCCGACAGGGACGCCGUCUCCCUCCUCAGCAGCAGCCACAGCAGCCACUCGGAGUCCAAACGGACGCGACGCCCGACGCCGCUCGGGAAUCGCACGCCGGAGCAGACGAUCGUCGGGUCGUCACAGCAGCAGCCGCCGCCUACUCGAGCAGCUCUCGCGUCCAAGUCCUCGCACUCGUCCAAGUUGUCGUCGUCUACGCGGUCGUCGGCCUCGACGCUCCGUAGCACGAGUCCGACGCUCCAGGAGAAUCUGCUGCUGGCUGAAGAGAACGACACGGAGAUCGUGGACGAGUCCGAGUCACCAUCGCCGCCAUCGCAACACAGUCGCAAGCUCAGUAUGCGCGACAGCCAAAGCCAACCGAGCGCGACGACGUGGCAGUCGUCGUCGCGCGGCAGUCGCAAGAGCUUGGCCGAGUACCGGCAAUUGCAGUGCUCCAUGUCGUACAAAAACCGCGUCAACAGUGACGCCUUCCGUGGCACUUGCACCACCGCUACUUCCAGCUCGAGCGAGUCCACAUCAAGCGAGCGGAUGAGCGACGUACGGAUGUCUCUUGUCGAUACGUUCCGUACGACCAACACGUCGGUCUUGUCCUCGUCAGACGGACUCAGUUUGCUGACCGCGCGGAUCUCCGAGUCGUCUACGGCGAUCACAGCUGCCGGUCCUCCGCCUUCUGUGGUCUCUACACUGACGUCGGUCUCUUCUCCAGCUGCGUGGUCUCCCGAAGUCUCGAGAGCAUCCGCGACUAGCAAAAUGACCGAAGCUGGUGUUGCGGCACUGCAGACACGCCGAGCUUUCCAGCAGAUGGUCUUGGCCAUGGAAGACGAGGAUUCAGGUGACGAGGACGAGUCGGAGCACGAUGCGUGGCACGUGACGAGCCAUCCCGAGAUCUCGAGUGGCGUCUCUGGUGUCCUGCGUCUUGGUGUAGACGAAUACCGGAAGUUCCAGCUACGUCUGCGCCAGCUGGAGGAGCUUGCAGCAGAUCAGUCUCGGAAACAGUCCGACAUGGAGCGCACGAUUGAAUUGGAGGUCCAGACGAGGACUCGGAAAGUCGUUGAGGCGAUGGAGAAACAGAUCAGCAUGUACAAACAGGCAAAGGAGUUUGAACUAGAGCGAGAAGUGCAGCGACGAGUGUCCGAGCACGUGGAAAAUUCCAGGUGGAGUCGUAGUUUGAGUCGAGUUAGCCUGGCGCGCCGCUCUUCGACACAAAAUGGGCACGCGGGUGGCAGCGUUGGCAGCUUCCGUGACAGCCACAACAUAGCAAGUAGUAUCAAGGAGGAGGGCACGUCGCUGGAAAAGCUGUUGCAUCCACGACGGUCUCGGAAGCGCAUGGAACAAAUGAGAGAGCGCGAGCAAGCCCAGAAACGCGAGAUGGAGCAGUUUCGAGAGUUUAUUCGGGUCACUGAGAUGCGCCUGACGCCAGUGCACGGCAUGGAAAGUGCCAUGUCAGCGACGCAGCUCGAGGUGGCCAAGAAGAAAUUAGAUGAGCUGGCGGACCCGUUGGUGCCGGACUCGUUGGUGCAGUCCUCGCCGUUGGAGCUCAUUGAGCUCAUUUGUGUACUGCGCAAGAACGGCCGUGAGCAGGACAAGCAAUUAGAAGAAGCCAAGAGUCUUGUGACCGCCGCGAUCGAAGCGCGCGAAGAUGCCGAGACGACAGCUCGAGAGGCUGUUGAACUCGCGCUUUUGCUGGACGCGAGGUUAGAUCAUUACGCUGUGCGUGAGAAGCAGAAGGGGGUGGUGAGACAGACAGAUGUGCUUUCAGCAGCUGACGAGGUUCGACAAUUGAGGGAAGUUCAAGGUGCAAGGACAGACCCUUUGACCUGGCAAUCGGGUACGCCGGCUACAUCUCCGUUAGCAGGUUAA